AUGGAACGCCCCCAGACCAUCCAUAUUUUUCUCCAGACGCUUCCCGGCUUGACAUUCCCACCGGUUCUUUCCAUAAGCAAUCCUGACAUCACCACGAUCUGGGAGCUUCAGAACAGGAUCUUCGCCCGACUACCAGAAUCAACUCGAAGUCAAGGGGUCUAUGUUACCACGACCAAUAAUUGCCGCCUCGAUGAUGCAGACGACGACACUGUUGCUUCCAGCAGUCAGAAUUCAGGCAUCCUACCACUCCGUCUUUGUGCUCCCCUGAAAGGUGGAUCUGGGUCCGGAAGUCGACGCCCACCUGCCUCGGGAAGUCGACCCCCCCGGGUCCCAGGAAGUCAACAGCCACCGGCCUCAGGGAGUCAACAGCCACCGGUCCCAGGAAGUCAACGCCCCCCGGUCCCAGGAAGCCAACAGCAGCAGGACUCGGGAAGCCAACAGCAGGAAGACUUGGGAAACCAACAGCAACAGGGCUCGGGAAGUCAACAUCGACCGGAGUCGAGAAGUUCCUCACACUAUCAGCUUCAUCCGAUUCCGGGUGUUAAUGAGGAAAACCCAGAAUUGCAAGAGUAUUUCGCUUCAAAUAUGCAGGGGCCGCAGCCUGAAACAGGUGCCCAUCCUGGCUCCUUCGUCACUUCCGAUGAGAGCCUGGGAGGAGCCAGCGCAGAUCCAGAGAGCGAGAGUUUUCCUUCGCCACGUUCGAAUCCCUUUGCUGAUGGUAAGGCGCAUGGCUUCCAUAUCCCCGGGGCCCCGGGAGGUGGUGGAAGCGGUCAAGGCUCUGUUCGAUCUGCUGCCUCAGGACGAGGCCGUGGAACUUUUUUAGCUAGCCCUUCCAUCCGUUCUUCCUCUUCAGGAUGUGUAUCUUCCGGACGUGCGUCUGGGAACUUUCCUCCACCACCUGGAAGACUCGACAAUCCAGAUGCUUUUGGCACUUACUGGAGAGAAGAUAGUCAUGGCAACGUUGUCGGUGUUCCACCGGCGACUCAUGAACAACCUCAAUCACCAUACUACGGGUACGAUCCUCGCCAGCAAGCAGAUCAAUAUGACCAAUUCCAUCAUGGCAAUCAAGAUGCAGAUCAGACGUUUUAUGACGACAAUAGCGAAUACCAGACCUUCUAUCAUGAUGAUGGGGAUGGUAGCUCGGGUCAAGUUUCUGGAUAUCAGCCUCCACCAACACAUCCAAGUGUUCCAUAUGAGCCGAAUUCGGCGCCCCUAGAUUAUGGUGAGGAGGAUGAUCAAGGUUAUGGGUAUGAUGACGGACAGGAUCCUGGAGACGAUAGCGGUGGAUAUUAUCCUCCUGUUCAGCACUAUUGA